UUCUUUAGUCUCUACCCAAGGAAAGAUUAUUAGCGGUCGACUGCGUACUUGAUCCAACCAAUAAUUCUUUUCCUACCCAAGGCCUCUCUUCCUUCGUUCCUUCCCUCGUAAACUGAAGCUUGUUCCCUCUGAAAGCCAAAUAGCAAUCAAUGGCGAGUCGACAGGAAGAAAAGUCCGAAGGCGGCGGGCACAUCGACUGGUUGCCGGAGGGGUGCAUCUCGCACGUGCUCUCCUUCACGACGCCUCGUGAUUCGUGCAGGUCGGCCCUCGUCUCGCCCACCUUCCGCUCUGCAGCAAGUUCCGACGCGCUAUGGGAGCGGUUCCUGCCAUCCGAUCACCAGUCCAUCUUGUCGCAGGCUGUUGAUCCGGUCCGGUACUCGUCGAAGAAGGAACUCUAUUUUCGCCUCUGCGACUCUAUUCUCAUCGAUGGCGGCAAGAUGCAGAGCUUCCAAUUGGAGAGAUCGACUGGACGUAAAUGCUACAUGAUAUCUCCAAGAAGCAUGCAUAUUAUAUGGGGGUGGGACGAACGAUAUUGGAGGUGGAUUUCUCUGCCUGAGUCAAGGUUCUUAGAAGUGGCUGAGCUUCGAGCUGUCUGUUGGUUCGAUAUAGGUGGCAGGAUUGCCUGUCAACUACUCUCCCCUAGAACAUCCUAUGCUGCUUAUCUCGUCUUCAAAUUGGCCUCUGAGUCGUAUGGACUUCAUAACCCUCCCCAGUUGGCAUCAGUGAGGCUAGGAGCUUAUGCCUCGGAGAUCAAUGUUUGUUUGCAGCAGCAGCAGCAGCGCUUGAGGAAUGAUGGGUGGAUGGAGAUCGAGUUGGGGGAGUUCUAUAAUGAUAUGGGGGAUGAUGGUGAUGUUGAAAUGAGUUUGAGGCAGGUGCAAGCAUUGCAUGGGAAGCGUGGGCUCAUCAUCCAGGGCCUCGAAGUAAGACCAAAAAUUUAACUUAAUUAGAUGCUGUUGUGAUCAUUUUAUACUAUAUCAUACUCUGAAAAAACUGUUUGCUGUUGCUUCAGAUUAAUAUUGUAUCAUGUUAGUAGCUACCAAAACUCUUUCUGGUGGUCUUGUGGACAAUUGAAUAUUGGAAUUGCGAAUACAUUUGAAUUUAUUUAAU